AUGAGCGUAGUAGAGAAGAUAAAGGAAAUAGAAAAUGAGAUGGCAAGAACUCAGAAAAACAAAGCGACUGCAAACCACUUGGGAAUUCUCAAGGCCAAGCUGGCCAAGCUAAGAAGAGAGCUCCUGACCCCGAAGAGCGGAGGAUCUUCCGCUGGAGACGGGUUUGACGUGGCAAAAACAGGUGUCGCCAGAAUAGGCUUUGUGGGCUUCCCUUCCGUGGGGAAAAGCACGAUCAUGACCAAGCUGACGGGAACGUACAGCGCAGUCGCAGAGUAUGAGUUUACCACGCUCACAACAGUGCCAGGAGUGCUCCACUACAACGGUGCUAAGGUCCAGAUACUGGACUUACCGGGGAUUUUGGAGGGGGCCAAGGAUGGACGAGGUCGUGGUAAGCAGGUGAUUGCCGUUGCCAGGACAUGCUCGCUUAUAUACAUAGUUCUGGACAUCAGCAAACCCAUAACCCAGAAAAGAAAAAUAGAGCUGGAGCUGGAGGGCUUUGGAAUCAGGCUCAACAAGUCGCCCCCAGACAUCACCAUAACCAAGAAGGACAGAGGCGGUGUAAAUAUACGCACAUCGUGCAGGCUCACGCACUUAAACGACGAGUGCAUCCGCAUGAUAUUCAAAGAGUACCGGGUAUUGAACGUGGACGUAAUGUUUAGGUGCGAUGCCACAGCGGACGAUCUGAUAGACGUGAUAGAGGGAAACAGAGUCUAUGUGCCUGCGCUGUACAUUCUCAACAAGAUAGAUCGAGUCUCUUACGAAGAGCUGGAGCUGCUGAGCCAGCUGAAAGACUCCGUUCCCAUUUGCGCAGAUAAGGGCUGGAAUAUGGACGAGGUCCUGGAGGCGUCCUGGGCGAAGCUGCAGCUUAUCAGAGUCUUUGCCAAGCCGAGGGGACAGCUUCCAGACUACACUACGCCGGUCGUGCUUAGGUCUGGGAAGUGCACGGUGAAGGACUUCUGUAACUCUAUCCACAGGGGGAUUCUGGCGGAGUUCAAGAAUGCGAUUGUGUGGGGGAAAAGCGUGAAGCACGUGCCGCAAAGAGUAGGAAAAGAGCACACCUUAGUCGAUGAAGACGUCGUGCAGGUGGUCAAGAGAAGGUAA